UGGUUCUCUGCAACAAUCAUUCAUUAUAAGUUUUAGUGAGUCGAAUAGCAGCUUGGCACACGACUGAAGUAUCCCAACAGAUAUUUGUGUGUUAGAUCGACCACACGGGAAUCUCAAGGUCGGUUCUGUCGUCUGGGCAAGUGGCUGAUUAACAACAGUGAACAACUCCCUUACUAGGUUGAUAGUAAAUGACAAUACUAUCACAGUAACACCAACGAAGUCACAACUAUAACGUGUAUCAUCUGAACCACACAUUCAUUCAUCUUGGUGAAAAAAUUCCAAGCAGACGACAUUUGGGAGAAAGAUACAAUGGCGCGUAGUCGACGGAAGAGUUCAGGAAAGGACAUCGACAACACCUCAAACAAACACUGUCAUGCUGAGAAACCUCCUCAACAACGGAACGCGGCAAACGCCAGAGAACGCUCAAGAAUGAGAGUACUCAGUAAAGCAUUCUCAAAACUGAAAACAACCCUUCCCUG